UAUGAGUGUCUCGCAGAGAGCUGAAUAAAUUGCAAUUGCCCUGGUCCCGUGGAAAAAAUGUCCUCAAGUAAUGAUGUCGGCAGCACUGAGCUGGAAAAUACUGAUGGCGCAGUUUUGUUGGCUCUUGGACACAGGGAGCAACCUAGUGUAUCUGUACCUCCGUUAGAAGUGUUAGCACAAUUUCACCCAAACACUCACAAGGCCGCAGAGGAAGCUGCCAAAAAGAGUUUCUCACGACCUGCAGCACUGCACCGACAAACAAGUGGUCUUUGGGGAUUGGAAAGCUUUGACCCGUUUCAACAGUACAAGGUGAACAACGAACAAUGCGUGGAAUUGACAGUAGUUGUUUUAAACGGCGAGAAAAUCACAAAAGGCUGGUUUAGUGAUCUCGUUGACAAGCCUGAUCCGUAUGUGAGACUUGAUAUAAGAGGUAUCGCAAACGGCAGAAAGCAAACCAGUUAUAUCGAAAACUCCAAAAACCCCGAGUGGAAUCAGAAGUUCAAAUUCAGACUUCCUGGUGCCUCGUGUGGCAAGCGCUUCAAAUUAGACCUCCGUCUAAUGGAUUCGGACGUGCUGAUUGACGAUAAAAUUGGGAAAUGUUCAAUUGAUUUAAGCUCGCUUAAAUUGGCCUACGGAGAGGCACAAAAUGUACAAGCGAAAUUUGGAAAUGGGUCCAUUAUAAAUCUCAGCAUCAAAAAGGAGCUAAACGAUCAAGAGCCCGACCUGCGCUACAGCUUAGCUUUGUGCGAUGAUGAAAAAUCGUUUGUUUCAAAACGAAGGGAAGUGGUGUACAAUGCGGUUCGCCAACUGAUCGGUGAAGUCGAUGGACCCGACAACAUUCAAAAUGUUCCGGUCAUCGGAGUUCUGGGGUCUGGAGGUGGAAUCAGGGCAAUGGUUGGUUUCAGCGGAGCAUACACAGCGCUGCAUGACUUGGGAAUUCUGGACUGCGUAACAUUUGCUGCCGCCCUUUCUGGAUCAACUUGGUACUUGUCCUUUUUGUACUCGCAUCCCGAUUUCCCCAAAAAUCCUCCAGGGGCUUUUAAAGAAGAACUACAAGAAGUAGCCAGCAAGGGUUGGGGACUGACUUUGGCCAAAGGAUUGGUGGUGUAUCUGUGGAAGCUACGCCAAAAGUACAAGUCAGGCCAGCCGAUUUCCCUAACUGAUAUCUUUGGCCACAUACUUGGUGAUAUGAUAUUGAAGGAUCGCAAAAAUAGCAAAUUGUCAACUCAGAGGAGAGUCGUCCACGAAGGAAAAGCUCCUCUUCCGCUUUACACGUGUUUGAACGUGAAAAAUAAUGUGCCAGCAAACGUUUACCAAGAGUGGGUAGAGUUCAGUCCGUAUGAGAUCGGAAUUCCUAAGUACGGCGCUUUCGUGGACACAGAAUUUUUCGGAUCCAAAUUCUACUUGGGACAGAUCGUUCGAAACUAUCCUGAGCUUCCACUGCAUUACUUACAGGGCGUUUGGGGUAGUGGAUUCAGCAUCCUUUUGAAGCGCUUUUUCUCCUCGUGGGAAGAAUUAAAAAAAUCAGUAACUUCUCCACCUCAAGGAACACCUGAAACUAUAGAAAUCGAUGGAUUUACAUUCAACAGGUCUCAACUAUUCAGCGAUGAUGACUAUCAGCAGGAUGACAGUUCCGAUUCAGACAUUGAUUUGAGUCAUGAUGACGAUGAAAUUUCGGCUUCGGGAGAAGGUGCAGAAGAUUCAAUCAGACUGGAUAAUUCUCUAAAUCCAUUGAGAAAGAGAGGGUUCCUCAAAUUCUUGAAGUUCUCCUUGAAAUCUCUGUUGGCGGAUAGCAACCUCCUGGAGCAACGAAGCAAACGCGCAGGGUUGGUAUUCAACCCUUUAAGAGGACUGACAACUCAACAAUGCUUCCCCAUGUCUCCUUUAUCGCCCACAAAUGCUGAUGAUGCUAUCGACUUCAAGGGAUUUUACGAGCAGACAAAGAGUUCGGCGAAAAGAAUGCUCAUUGUGGACGCCGGGCUAAAUAUCAACAUCCCGUUUCCGGCACUCCUGCGGCCGCAGAGAGGUGUGGACAUGUACCUGAGUUUCGAUUUCACUAACCGCGACAGUGAUAGCACUCCUCCCUUCAAGGAGUUGAAACUCAGCGAGCAAUGGGCACGUCUGAACCACCUACCCUUUCCGCCGGUGGCUGAAUUGGCGACUGCGUACGAAAAGGAGGAGAUGCGCGAGUUUUACCUGUUUGAGGACGAGACCGACCCCCUCUGCCCGUCAAUCCUGCACUUUGUGUUGUGCAACAACCAAUUUAGACGCUGCAAGGCUCCAGGCGUCCCCAGGAGCACGGAAAGCGAGACUAAAUUCGCAGACUUCGCAAUCUUCGACGACCCUGACGAGGUGUACUCGACUUUUAAUUUCUGCUACACUGCCGAACAGUUCAACCGACUGCACGAGCUAAUGGAAUUCAACGUGCGACUCGCUUUGCCGGAUAUUAAGCAGCAAAUCAAAUUGGCUGUUGACAGGAAGAAAAAGUCACGAGAAUCGGUACUGGGCCUAGCCUCCGAUCUGAUUAGUGGCGAUUGUCGAUACAAUAAUAAUUGUGAAAGCACAGUUGGCGAACCACAACCGCUGUUCACCAGUCACUUGCAUUUUGGACCGCUGAAAGUGGACAAAAAAUUAUAAUGCCGCUGUAUAUGUGGCGCCAAACCGCAUAAACCGGGAAAACAAGAACACAUUUACGACCAAACUCUUGAAAAAAGAGCAGUAUUUAAGUCGUUUUAAAGUUAGCAAAUUUAAAGUACUUUCAUUUAUUUUAUGGGUUCCAUGCAAUUGCUUGUAGAGUUAAGCAACCAAUAAAAAGCUUAGUUUUAUGGUUCAAAAGGCAUUUGCUUAAAAUUUUGAAACUCACUAAAAUAAGCUAAGAAUUAUGAGUAGGGCACAACCUAUACUCUCUCAUCUCAAACGACGGGAAAUGCGGUCGUUUAAAUCACCAACGCUCAUCGAUCCAAAUUUUAUUAUCCUGCCCGCAAUUGCAACGAAAUUUCUCUUCAAAAGGUGUCGAUUGCCACAAGGCUUUUCUGCGAGCGAUCUGAAGUCACGUUUCCCGCGAGAGUUCAUUACGCCCGUGAUUAAUAGUUUUAUGGUGCUGAGUCUAGAUUGGCCCUUUUGAUUGGCUUCCGAUGAAAUAAUAUCAGCAGCAGCGUGCUUUUACCAUCUGAUCAAUGCCUCUAGCGGCUGAUUCGUGCGAAAGUGAAUGAGCAAUGAUACCAAAAGUGCCCACUACUGCCGAGGGAAUGACUUUUGUAGCCCUUUUAUUUCUACCAAUUCACUUUCGUGUGAAGCUGUGCUGAAUGCUGAAUGAUUAUGUUACUUUUUAUCCAACCCGGAUUUACACAAACCAUCUUUUAUAAUAAUAUUGCAUUUAAAUAUAUUUUUCCUGCUGUCACACUGUAUGUUUUGUAAUAAAUGAUUAAUUUAGUUAAAUAA